GGUAUUAUUAUCAACCUAUGGGGUAAAUCGAGGUUAUAUGGCCAUAGAGGAGAGAUGGCCCAACUCGAUAUUUUCCUAAAUAGUUAUUAGAGGGCGUUUUUUUCAAUAAGGCGUAAUGUACUGUUGUGUGAUCGUCCUAUACUAGAAACUCUGAGUCAAUUAACUAAGUUUAAAGAUGCCAAAUAUUUAUAAAAGAAAAUCAUUGGAGAGGGUCAAAUGGACCGAGGAGCAACUGAAAUCUGCAAUGAGUACUGUUAAAGAUGAGGGAUUAUCUGUACGUCAGGCUGGAAAAACUUAUGGUAUUCCGAGAAAGACAUUGGAAAGGCGAAAGAAUGAAGACCAUAAGAAAAAUUGGGUCCAGAUACUACUUUCGGAGCUGCCCAUGAAAACAGACUGGUUUGGCAUAUUAAAGAAAUGCAAAAAGUGGAUCUCCACUUACUAGAGAUGACUUGAGAACCAUAGCUUAUAAAUUUGCUGUUCAGCUGGGCUUAAAACAUAAAUUUAAUAAUCGGCUUCAGAAAGCUGGUUAAGUUUGGCUGCGAGGUGCACAGCAAUGUCUAGAAAGGUAAUAGUUGAUAACUUUAAAGUACUGCCGAGUGUCCUGGAAGAAAACAAUAUCUUGAUAAACCCGAAAAAUAUUUUUAAUAUGGACGAGGGUGGAUUGCAACUAAAU